AUGAGAACGAGUGGAAAACCACGAGAAUUUGAGAGCAAGUAUAUAAACACGCGUUUAUCUCCAUUAUGGGCCGAAUCUCCCACACCGUCAAAUAAAACGUAUACGAGAAAGGACUUAGCAACCGAUUUGUAUGGAAAUCCGUUACCACCAGUUGCUUCACAACGCCAUCGUUCUACUGUAGCACCAUCAUCUCUUGAUCCAAGGAACUAUAGUCAAACAAAAACGGCGUUUUAUGCUAAAAUUAUCAAAGAUGCCAGCAAUGGUGAAUCAUCGCGAAACGAUGACAGUUCUGAACAUGACAGUAGUUCAGUUGAAGACGUUCCAACUUCAGUUGAAGAUGUCACAACUUCAAGUUCAUGUUCAAGCGAGGAUGGAUCUGAAUGUAAAUCAUCAAAGGAGGUUGUUGAUUCUGAUGUAGAUAGGUCAACAUCUGAGAGUGAUUCCAGUCAGAAAAAGGAAGUAUCCUCAGAUUCGGAUGAAUCAGCAGAUACGAAAGUGUCAACAGUUGAACGAAAUCAGGAUCCUCCAGUCAUUGUUGAGGAUGCUAAUUCGUCAGAUGAUGAAUCCGAGGAUACUAACUCUGAACAGUCAGAAACGGAAACAAAAGAGGAAAACAUACCUCUCGAAAAUUACAUUCUUUGUGAUCCACCUGCAAAACCGUUUGUGACUGCUACAUCCAAGUCUGUUGAAUCCUCAUCUGGAAGCUGUGAAAGCAUGAACUUGCUUUACACGUUGAUUGGAUCUGAUAAAAUAUACCCAGACAAUGAUUUCCAAUGA